GUCAGUCCAAGCUUGUCUACCAGAUUCCGGAGGGAGGGUAGCACUGCCGGCAGGGUAACCAGACCACAGAAGACCAGCAGUCACAGUGUGCCCCACCACAACCAAGGGAGCCACCCUGUCCUGAUCAGCGCAGCUCCAGAGACCCGUUCACCAUGGACUCUGCAGAGUAUGUGCUCUGUGGCUGGAAGGGCCAGCUGUGGCCUGCAAGGGUGUUAUCCAGACCCAGGACCACAGCCCACAGUAGGAGGAGAGGGGCGUCUUUCCUGGAGGUCCAGAUUCUGCCUGUGGGUGAGAAGACAAGAGUGAGGAGCACAGAGGUGAAGCCCCUAAGCCAGUCUGAAGUCGUUACCAUCGCCUCCUUGGCCGGGAAGGAGUCACAGGGCAGUGGCUCGCCAGGGCAGACCAGGGCAUACAGAAGAGCCCUCAAGGCGGCUCUGGAUGUUCUGGGCGAGGGAACCGGCUUGCAUCAAGGAAGAAGGGCAGGUGGCCGAAGAACCAGCACAGCGACUCUGAAGGUUCCAAAAGAGCAGGCCAGCUCCAGCUCAGGCCAGCGCCUGCACCUCCAAGACCACAACCAGAAAGGCCAGGGGCUCUCCCUCAGGAGUCCCAGGAAGCGGGGCCGGGGCCGGGGCCGGGGCCGGGGCCGCCUGGGGCCUGUGUUGAAGGGCUCACAGAAUGAGCUUGCAGUGCAAGGGGGCAGAGCCCAGGUGCACACUGCUGUUGGGCCUCCUCACUUUGAAAUGCGAGGGAACUUGUUAAGAGGCACUAGAGUGUGGCCAAGUUCCUGCAAGCCACCAGCAGGAAAUGCUGGCGAUAAUCAGGGCAAGAGAAAGCUGAGCCCAUCCAAGCUCAGGUCUCUGAGGGCCCCAGCCUCUCGGAGGGGGGGCCGGGCUAAAAAACAGCAGCAGGCUGCCUCUGGACCACCGAGGCAGGCCUCUACCUCGCCCAGAGCUCUCCAGCAACAAGUACGGUGUGGCGGCCUGGAGAUCGGGGCUAUUGGAGCCCAGAGGAAGACCUCCCUCCCAGAGAACAAGCAGGACCCCGGCUCCGAGACCCCAAAGCCAGACUCAAAGGGGGCAUCGGCAGCCUGCACGCCUCCCAUCCCGAGGCUGCGAAGAUCGCUCCGCAUUGCUAGCAGGAAAAGGAAGUUCCAUGUGCUGUGCGCACAUUGCAUGCUCCCACAACAGGAGAAUAGAGUGCGCUCAAAGGCGACUAGCACCAGGGUCAAGAGGAGGGUGGCCGGAGUGCAGAAAGUCUGCCAAGGCACCAACGUGGCUUCUGCCCUGGGGCCAAAUACCAUCGAACGUGGGAUGCUGGUCUGGUUCAAAUUCCAGGACCUUCCUUUCUGGCCGGCGGUGGUCAAGAGCGUCAGCAAAAACGACAAGAUGGCGAGGGUGCUGUUGAUCGAGGGCAACAUGCAGUUGGAGCACAGGGGUGUCCCAGUCCCUCUACGCAAGCUGAAGCACCUGGACUGUGGGGAGAAAUCAGCGCUCCUGAGGAGAGCCAGCAGAGUGUACGGCCAGGGCAUCGACUGGUGCCUCUCAGUGAUCGACCACUACAGAGAGGGCCUCGCCUGUGGCUCCUUCCUGGGCUCCUUUAUGGACUACUACACCGCCCGAGCAAGUUACCCGCUAAGGAGAGCCAUCCAAGAGGGCGACCUGCACAUUGACUUCCCCAAGGUGAGCUAUGCCGACUUGGAAGAUUGGGAGGAGGAGACCGCCCUGGGUGGGAAGGGGCCCCGCAAGAAACUCUUGCCAGACCGCAUGAGGGCCGCUUGGGACAGAGCCAACCAGAAGCUCGUAGACUUCAUCGUGAAGAGAAAGGGGGCAGACCAGCACCUGCUGGACAUCGUAAAGGGCAGGAAACCGUCCAGGUGGCUGGACAACCUUUGGCGAUUCAAGAGGGAAGUCUACUGCAUUGAGACCUACCUGGAGGAUGAGGACCAGCUGCAUCUCGUAGCCAGACACUUGCAAGAAAUAUCCAAGGAAGCAGACGAGGCCCUGCUCGCGUUGGCAAGAGGAGACAAAGUCCGAUUCACCAUGGAGGUCCUUCUUCCAGAAGCAAUCAUCUGCUCCAUCGCUGCCCUGGAGGAGCUCAGCUACAAGGAGGCGGAGGAGAAGUACCUGCGUGGCCCACCCGUGCACCAUCGUGAGAAAGAGCUCUUUGAUAAGACCAUCCUAAAGGCGGCCCGGAAGAGGUCAGCAGCCAGGAUAGGUGCUGCCAGGGACCCCUCUUCAACCAUUCCUUAGAAGGGAGCUUCGUCCUUCCAGCCAUCACCCCUGCAGCUCCACCUCCAAAAGAGGACCACCUGGGAGACUGUGGGGC